GUGUGUGUGUGUGUUUUCUUUCCACUUCAGUGCAUCGAUAACAUCCGCUGUAACGGCCUGAUGACCAGCGUCUUUGAGGAGAACUCUAAAGUUUCUGUGCCCCACAUGAUCAAGUCCGACGCCAGGCUGCAUAAAGACGACGUCGACAUUUGCUUCAGCAAGACGCUCAACUCCUGCAAAGUCCCUCAGAUCAGAUACGCCAGCGUGGAGCGGCUGCUGGAGCGCCUCACCGACCUGCGCUUCCUCUCCAUCGACUUCCUCAACACCUUCCUCCACACGUACCGGAUCUUCACCACGGCCGCCGUGGUCAUCGACAAACUGGCCGACAUCUAUAAGAAACCCUUCACCUCCAUUCCUGUGAGGAUCGAGCAGCACUCAUACGACCGUCUGUCCAUCAUGUCUCUCUGUCCUGACUACAGUCUCAAGAUCACACAGCUGGCUUUGGACCAGUCCAAGUCUCUGGAGCUUUUCUUUGCCACCAACCAGGGCGCCUGGGGAUCCGACCCGCUGAACAACAAAUCCCCCAGACUCUGCCGCAAGUUCUCCUCCCCGCCUCCCAUCUCCAUCCCGUCCCGCACCUCCUCCCCGGUGCACUGCCGAAAGCUGUCCCUGAGCUCACCGGUGGGCGUGAAGGUCGGGGCGUUGGACCUGUCCACCACCCCGCCGCUGUCCGCAGCCAACUCCCCCACCUCCAGCCACAGCCCCUCCAUCUCCUCUCCUCCGCCCGGCUUCAACCGGCUGCCGUUCGGCUUCUCGUCGCCCCCGCCCACCACCACGCGUUCCCCCAGCCUCCCGCAGGCCUCCGGGGUGUCCUCGCCGCCUCCCGCCUCCACCAGGGCCCCGCUGGACCUCAGCCGGGGCCCCAGCUCCCCAGAGCUGAGUCCGGCCGCGGGGGACGACGUCAGCGGAGAGCUGCCGCGCAUCGACGCCUUCUGUGGGAAGCUGAGGCGUAGCAUCCGCAGAGCUGUUCUGGAGUCAGUAUCCCUGGACAAGUUCAUCCCUGAGUCGCCGUCCAGCACCGAGCCGGGGGACCUGUCCCCCUGCCGCUCCCCAUCCACACCCAGACAUCUCCGCUACAGACAGUCUGGAGUGGCAGCCGGGGAGAACUCUCGCUGCACCAUGUCGCCAGCGUCGGCGUUCGCCAUCGCCACGGCGGCCGCAGGGCACAGCAGCUCGCAGGGUUUUAGUAACUCUGAGAAAACAUGUGAUAAGGAAUUCAUCAUCCGCAGAGCUGCUACCAACAGAGUCCUGAAUGUCCUGCGGCACUGGGUCUCUAAACACUCCCAGGACUUUGACCUGAACAGCGAGCUGAAGACAGGAGUGAUCAGUCUGCUGGAGGAGGUGCUGCGAGACCCAGAUCUUCUGCCCCAAGAGAGAAAAGCAGCAACCAACAUUUUAAGUGCCAUUUCUCAGGAUGAACCAGACGACACUCAGCUGAGGAUAGAAGACAUCCUACAGAUGAAAAGCUGCCCUCUUCUGCAUUUCAUUGCGGCUGAGAGUCCUAAAGCCGAGUGUUUCGAGUCCCUCUCAGCCAUGGAGAUGGCGGAGCAGAUCACGCUGCUGGAUCACAUCGUUUUCAGGAGCAUUCCCUAUGAGGAGUUUUUGGGUCAGGGCUGGAUGAAGGUGGACAAGACUGAAAGGACUCCAUACAUCAUGAAGACCAGCCAGCACUUUAAUGAUAUGAGCAACCUGGUGGCGUCUCAGAUCAUGGCCCACAGCGACGUGGGCUCUCGGGCCGGCUCCAUAGAGAAGUGGCUGGCCGUGGCCGACAUCUGUCGCUGCCUCAACAACUACAACGGCGUGCUGGAGAUCACCUCUGCUCUCAACCGCAGCGCCAUCUACAGGCUGAAGAAAACCUGGGCUAAAGUUUGCAAACAGACCAAGGCGCUGAUGGACCGGCUUCAGAAGAUCGUAUCGUCAGAGGGGAGGUUCAAAAAUCUCAGAGAGACGCUGAAAAACUGCAACCCUCCAUGUGUGCCGUACCUGGGCAUGUACCUGACUGACCUGGCCUUCAUCGAGGAGGGAACGCCAAACUUCACCGAGGAGGGGCUGGUCAACUUCUCCAAGAUGAGAAUGAUCUCUCAUAUUAUCCGGGAAAUUCGUCAGUUUCAGCAGGCUCCUUACAGGAUAGAGCACCAAUCCAAGGUAACUCAGUUCCUGCUGGAUAAGACCGUAGUAAUGGAUGAAGAUACUCUGUAUGAGCUCUCACUGAAGAUCGAACCUCGAGUCCCUCCAGGUUAAUUUUACACCAGAAACCUGCAUCUACUGCACAGAUUCACACCUCUCAGCUCACAGCACCACCUUUUAGAUAAAGCCUGUGCUUUUAUGUCACACACAGGUGAUCAGCAGGUGUAGUAGGGGAAACUCAGGAGACAAUGUGCCUUGUUUUAUGGAGAUCUGAGGUAUUUAUCUAGUUAUUGUACUGUAUCGCAGAAACAACUCCUUGCCAUAUUCUCAAACCUUUAUGAGUGUAGAAACACCAUCAGCACCAGAAUGUUGCUGCUGUCACUCUGUGAUUCGUCUUUUUUGUCUUUAACACAAAGUUCAGCUGUUUCUUCAUAUUGUAUCAAACAACCAUUUUUGCAUUAAUUAAUCACAUUUUAAUAUUGUUUCUCUGUGUGAUUCGAAUAUUCAGG